CGCUGGAACCAGAGUCCCGGCGCGCUGCUUUGGGACAGUCCGCCGUCCGAGCCGAAAGCACCCGCUGCCCGACACAGUCCAGGAGAAAGGCUAGCGAGGCCGGAGACCGGGCCACGGACUCUACUUCAGUUCUGGAGCUGCCAGGUUGUCUCCGCUGGCCCUGCCGCCCUAAUAGCACCUAGCCGGACUUGCUCCUCACGUCCUGGUUGCGCUAUGGAUCCUUCGGAGAAGAAGAUAUCGGUGUGGAUCUGCCAGGAGGAGAAGCUGGUGUCCGGUCUCUCCCGCCGCACCACCUGCUCGGACGUGGUGCGGGUGCUUUUGGAGGACGGCUGCCGGCGGCGCUGCAGGCAGCGGCGGGGCCAGCGACGGGGGUUGACGGAGGACCCUUCGGGCCAGUUGGGGCUGCCUGAACCCCCGGACGAAAACGACGAGGACGACGACGACGCGAUGCCCCAGGGCAUGCUAUGUGGACCCCCGCAGUGCUAUUGCAUCGUGGAGAAGUGGCGCGGCUUUGAGCGCAUCCUGCCCAACAAGACGCGGAUCUUGCGCCUCUGGACUGCUUGGGGCGACGAGCAGGAGAAUGUACGCUUCGUGCUGGUGCGCAGCGAGGCGUCGUUGCCUAACGCCGGCCCGCGAAGCGCGGAGGCGCGGGUAGUGCUCAGCCGAGAACGCCCCUGCUUGGCCCGGGGAGCCCCAGCGCGGCCCAGCCUGGCCUUGACCCAGGAGAAGCAGCGGCGGGUGGUACGCAAGGCCUUCCGCAAGCUGGCCAAGCUCAACCGGAGGCGCCAGCAGCAGCCGUCGUCGCCUUGUUCGUCCACGUCGUCGUCCACCGCCUCGUCCUGCUCGUCGUCUCCUCGGACCCAGGAGAGCGCGUCGGUAGAGCGCAUGGAGACGCUGGUGCAUCUGGUGCUGUCGCAGGACCACACGAUCCGCCAGCAGGUGCAGCGGCUCCGGGAGCUGGACCGCGAGAUAGACCGCUACGAGGCCAAGGUGCACCUAGACCGCAUGCGGAGGCACGGAGUCAACUACGUGCAGGAUACCUAUCUAGUGGGGGCCGACCUUGACCUGGACGGGCCAACUCCUGAAGAGGAACCGGAGGACGCGACGCUGGAGGAGAAGACAGAGGCGGCGGCACCCCUGGACGGCGAGGCGCAAGCUGCAGCGUUGGAGGAGCUGGCCCGGCGAUGUGACGACCUGGUGCGGCUGCAGGAGGAGCGCGCCCAGCAGGAGGAGUUGCUGGAGCGCCUGUCCGCCGAGAUCCAGGAGGAACUGAACCAGCGCUGGAUGCAGAGGCGCAAUGAGGAGCUGGCGGCUCGAGAGGAGUCACCGGAGCCCGAUGGCGGGCCGGAUGGCGAGCUGCUGCUAGAGCAGGAGCGGGUCAGGACGCAGCUCAGCACCAGCCUUUACAUCGGGCUGAGGCUCAGCACGGACCUAGAGGCCGUCAAGGCGGACUUGGAUUACAGCCAACAACAGAGGGACAUUAAGGAGCGCGAGCUUCAAGGCCUUCUUCAGAGUUUGCGUACUUUUGAGCAGACGGUGGUGCGUGAUGGGACUCUGGGUUCAGGUGAACCCUCACGCGAACCUCAGUCUCAGACUUGUACAGAAAUGUGGGUAGACCAGGCUCGCGGACUGGCUAAGAGUUGCCCCGGCAACGAUGAGGACUCAGAUACUGGACUGAGCUCCAUGCACAGCCAAGACUCAGACUCGGUACCCCCUGUGUGUGAAUCCCUUGUGUAGACGUUGUAGGGAGCUAGCUUAGACGCUUGCAGCAUGCACUUGCUUGGCCUGCUCAGGGACAUGAAGUGAGGCCAUGGGGGUGAGCUCAAAGUUCCCAUGGGUGGGUCUGGAGAGUGAGUGUGAAGGGGGGGGGGUCCUGGACAAGGAAGCCCUAAACUUCCUAAGCUUUAGAGGGAAGAGGAGUCAGGAGGUGAGAAUCCCUCCUUGUUUUUAAAAAAAGCAUUAGGUAAGUGACGAGGUCCAAGCCAAUUUUCAAAACAAGAGAAAAGAAAAACAUUAUGGGACAUUUUUACCACUCCUGUGUAUGGGAAGGACCGAUGACAGCUCGAACUGUGGUCUGUGUCAUAAAGUGCUGCUAAAAGAAAACACUUGGAUGGAAAGGAAAUUCCUUGAAUGUUAAUUGUGACUGGAAACGUGUUCAAACUAGCCAAAGAGGACGCACUAGUGUGUUGGUCUCUGCCUUGCUUAACAUCUUGAUAAAACCAUAGGCA